AUGAAACCAACGGUUGUCAACGCCGAGGAGGGGCCUGAGAGAGGCAGUGGAUUUGCGAAAACGACAUCAAUUAACAGCGGUGUAGAUGACGUGGAGGUGGUAGCCGUGGCGUUGCUCGCGCUCGAAGUUAGCAGCAUGGAGAACGGAGAAGGCACUGAAAGACUACCUAUGAGGCACGCUGGCAUCUUCCGCGUCAUGGAUACUGAUAUAUGGCGUGGCGAGGAUUUCGAAGCGGUGGAUUAUACUCCGACGACGAUGGUGAUGAAUAAAGAUUUCGAUUGCGCCGAGGUAAAAGUCUUGAAAUCCUCCAUUGGGAAUUGCUUGCAGGCACGUCGUAGCUACAUGAUCGAAGGUCCUGUGGUGACAAAGGGCGGAGGCGAAUGUUUUUGUUGGUUCGAGGAGUGCAACGGGUUGUCGGUCGGUAAAGGAAUGUCGUGUAAUCAUGAAUAUAGCUUUGUGUUGCUGAGUAAGAGGGAGAUUAGAUUGCGAAGUUCGACGGCAGGGAGUUAUAGGCGGGAGAACGUGAAAUGUGGAGGAUGUGCAUGUUGUGGUGCAUUGAUGGGAAAGAACUCUUCUCAGCUUGAUUCUUUAGCCCCAAAGCAGGCUGAGAAGCGCCUAAGAAAGAAAGAACAACAUAACCAGCUUUGCAGGGCCAUUGUCCAAGAGCAACACGGUACCCCAAGUACAGCCAAAGUCCUUCGUAUCCAUCCUAACCGUCCUGAUCUCCAAGAACGUAUUAUUGAUCAUGGUCAUGUUAUCCUUGUUGAUGCACUCACCAGGGAAUUCAUUACAUCUAUUUAUACACUUCACAACAAUGACAACACCAACAAGCAUCUCAGAGCCAAAUUUGAUUGGGCUGUACAAAUCUUAUAUCAUCAUGGCCUUGCACAUAAGCAGUGUGAUAUCAAUAAAGCCCAAGAAGCUUUAGGUGAUGCAAAGAGUGGUGAGAUGUAUCCUACCGGCUCUCGUGGUGGGACAGAUAAAGGAAAGUCUGGUGACCCCCAUGCAUCUGGAUGUGCUAUUGGACUUUUUUGUCUCAUGGAACGUGAUUCAGGUAGAGUCAUAUACCCCAAAGUAGCCAGCUCAUCUCCACCAUACCACAUCAAGGGAGCUUAA